UUGACACGUGAGUCGGAACUGUUUCAGCAGCCAGGGCAUCGUGAAGGUGUCGAUACGUCGUUUGUUUAGUUUUGUUGCAGAACGAAAAUUCUACAUGUGAAUCUAAAUGUUAAGUGGCUGUAACAUUUGGUAUCUCAGCGAUUAGUGGACGGUCUAAGGACUCCGAAAGCGAAACGUGAAGCUUGUUCGAAUAGCGUCCGGGUAAUAGCACGACAGGUGCGUCGCGGUUAGCCGACUCAGAAAUCCGCUUUAUACCUGAACCACCUGUAAUUAAACACACCUUCGAAGAUUCCUGCUCCAUCUCUACUCCUGAUUGCUUUUUUUCCAUUCAGGUCCAUCUUCAUCAGUGAUUUUCCACUAGUUCCUUAUUCCUGUCAGCAUGGCGUGGGCUCAGUCAGAGCACUCCAGUGUUUUGCAGGACGAGCUCACCUGCCCGGUGUGCCUGGACCUGUACCGUGAUCCCCUCUUACUCCCGUGCGGCCACAGCUUUUGCAAAACCUGCCUUGACCGCCUGAAGCGACAGGGUGAGCGAGGUCGAUUCCGCUGUCCAGAGUGCCGCGAGAAUCACCGAUGCAACAUCAAGUUGAAGAAAAACUUCAAACUGGGAAAUAUCGCAGAAGAUCUCCGUCAUCGACGCAGGGCUCCCGCUGCACCCGACACCGCCUUGAUGUCGAGUGAGCUGACGUCUUUGCUCAUGGCACGGCAGCCGGGAAAGGCCACCGUUCCAUGUGACUACUGUCCUGCAGCCACUGCAGAGGUAGCGGACAGCAGCGCAGCAGGAGCAGGGUCCUCAGAAAGCAGUGAGAAGACCGAAGAGGGGGCGACUGCUUCUUCUUCUGCCGUUUCUACGGUCGCAGUCAAGACAUGCUUGAAGUGUGAGGUGUCCAUGUGCCACGAACACAUAAAGCCACAUCUGGAGCUCCCGGCAUUCCGUGAGCACCUGCUGACUGAUCCCAUAAAUGACUUCUGGAGAAGAAAGUGCCCUGAUCACGAUGAGAUCUUCAGAUACUACUGCAUCGAUGACAAGGUGUGUGUGUGCAAUGCCUGUACUGCUGAAGGGACACACUUGGGACACACAAUCAAGACCCUAAAAAACACAAUGAAAGAUCUGAAGGGCACGCUGAAUAAGCAGCUGAGCAGGGCUGAAAGAAAGUUCAGUUUGACGGAGAGAAGACUUGAUGAGCAGAAGCAGAAGGAGGUUCAGAAUAAGAAGCUGAUGGAUGACAUUGACCAGAGCCUGACCAGAUUGGGCGAGCAGAUGAAAGAAAAAGUGCCCGUCUUCAUCGACAGGCUGCGUGAUUGCACGAAAAGUCAAUGUGACGCCAACAAAAUGACGAUUCAAAGAAACAUGAUUAAGAUCCGCCAGGACCAGGUCCGACUCCAGGCCGUCACCUCCGGCAUUAGAGUGCUCGUGCAGGAAAAUGACCCGUUCCACUUCAUUGAGGUUUACAGCACAACAGGAAAACAGUGCAGCAGGCAGCUGAAGAAAACCCUCUUCUACCCAGAAUACGUGAACAUGAUGACAGACUGUCUGGAAACGACGAUGGAAGAAGAAAUGCACACGUUUCUUCAGGACGAGCUGGCAUCUCAUAUCAUUGUUGCCAUCAACACCCUGUGUCCUCUUUCACCACUUGAGUAUGACGAAGAGCAGGAAGAGACUGUAGACGAGGAAAAUUACGAGGACGAGUUUGACGGCAGUGAUGACGAAAUCAGGAGUGAUGAUGAUGAGGAGGAAGAGGAGGAGGACGAGGAGGAGGGAGAGGAAGGACACAACCAGAAUGACGUGGCUGACGAGCUGUACAGCCCAGGGGAGGAAGAGGAGGAGGAGUACGACGAUGAUGAUGAUGAUGAAGAAGAGGAGGACAAUGGUGAUGUUUUAUAAAUGACUUCCUUUGUUUUGUUUAUUAAUUAUUAUGAUUAGUUUAAAUACCAGUUGGAAUAUUCUCAGUUUGGUUCUUGACUCUGUCGUACAGGUUCAUUUUUACAAAUGUCUCAACGUUGCAAAAAUCACUUUUAUAAACGCUGGUGUCCCGGAUUAAAAUGUAACUUUGAGCGAAGGAUGGCAAACUGAUGUCAAUGAAGCAUCGCGCACGUUAUAUCAACUGGCUGCCAUUUUCAAAACUGUAAAGUUUAAAAAAUGCAUUUUCCUGAGUGCCAUCUGUUUUAUUUAUUUAUUUAUUUUAUUCUGAUUUGAUAUUAAAAUCAACUUGGCGAUACUUGAAGUCUGAGGAGACGUGACUGCAUUCCUGUGAGAGUUUCUCGGUAGCACCAGACGUUUGCUGUGAUGAAUGACGCCGUCCAAAGGGUUUAAACGUCACCGAGUUGAUUUUAAUGUUGCAAGAGAACAAAGUGAGGUCACAUGCACAGAGAAAAGGCAGUUAAAAGCACUUUUUUAAUGUGUUAACUUUCACUUUUGCAGUUUAGAAAACUUUCUGUUAAUGUAACGUGUGUGGUAAUUUCUAUUUUAAUGGUCUGAUCCUUUUUUCAUUGCAGUGCCUUCACCUCCGACAUGUUUUUCUAAAUGCAUAAAUAUGAAUGUAUGUCCAAAACAAUGUCACUGGAAUGCUUCAGGUUGAAUUUGGUCAAAUCCUCUGCAUGCCAUUUGUCGCCUGAUGGGGAAAAAUGAGUAAAAGCUUUUCUGCGGCUGACCGUAAAACCUGUGCGGGGUUUUUUUUUUUUGUUUUGUUUUUUUGUGCAAAUAUUAGCAGAUAUGCUCUUGUUUGUUUUGAUGACUGACAGGUUUUUGCAUGUUACAGCUCAGAAACCGCUGCUUGACAGAAUCAUCACGUCCAAUAAAUGAUCUGAAAAUAGAAGAAUAAAUAUUUAAAGUUCAUUGUUUUACUUUUCCACAUGAAACUUUGUGGGAACACCGGAAGGUGACUCCUGAAGGAUGUUUCCUGACUUUGUGGUUCUGUUUAAACAUUUGAUGCUGUUGACGCAUUGUGAAUUCAUUCAUGUGUUUUGAGGAUGUGAGAUUUGAGCCAGAGUGCAUGUGCGGGUUUGCACGGAUUCUUUGACAGAGUUUGCACUGUGGGACGACUUUGCUUGCUUCGCUUAGUUGUGCAUUAGAAGUACUUAAAGCACAGUUUGUACUCUUUGCUGUGCUGUUUUUGCACUUUAAAAUAAAGUGAGCUUUGUUCAGAUUAAAGUAUUAAAUGUUGUAAUUUUGAUACGGGUCAUUUUGUGAAGAGCCAAAAUAAGACACAUUAAUAAAGUUUGCUGAAACAAUCA